AGAAGAUGUAGGACAGAUCCCGUAUUUGGACGGCGGAUCAGAACUAGGCCAAAUUGCCGACUGCUUUCGCCAUUGAACGGUAGAUGCGGCUAUGGGGUGCAGAGGGGUGACACCGUGUCCACCGGACUUAUUCCGUGUACGUUACUUGGGAAGCACCACUCUUUCUUUAUCCAGAAAGCAAAUUGGCAUCGGUGUCCUUCAGCGACCGUUAUUGGAGUUAUACUCGGCUGCACGAAGGAGAGGUGAUGACCAUAGGAAAAGUUCUACUCUGACGCUCAAUCAGCGAUUAGAUAUAUCCGAUUACGGCUUGGUCGUGGCCAAAAACGAUCGGGACAACUCCACCAUCGUCAUCAAGGUGAUCACUCCCGUUUCCAACAUUGCACUGUGGGCUGCUGUACGUUUUCAUUCGAAAAUCGGUAAAAGAAGAAGUUUCGCAGCUUCCUUCGCUCCGAUUGCCUGCUCGGAAGGGAUCGUCGAUCCUAAAUGGUACAUACAAUUAGGUAACAAGCAACGUUUUCUGGUCAGUUUGACUCAUCCGUCUCUGUUUACGUGUCUGUUACGUCGUGUGGCUUCACCGAAAUCGUUCGAGUGCCACGCAUUCGUUUGUGCAACGGCAGAAGAUGCAUUGACCAUCAGUUCGCUACUGGGCAAUGUCAAGGAUCAGCGUAAUAGGUUAGGAUCGAUUUCUCCUUUCUCGGAUUCCACUUAUUACAAGAACAGUCUAUUAAGUACCGAGCUACUUUACACAGAAGACGAUACUGUCACUGACGUUACCAUACCGCACAGUCCACUAACACCGUCGAGUGGAUUCGAUUAUCGUAAAUCGGAUGUUUUGGAUGAUAAUAAUCAAUUAGCUUCGUCUUUUUCUGAUAGUACUUGUGUUUUUUCUGAUGGAAGACAGAGUAACGCAUUUAUUUCCGAUAAAAGUUAUACGGCAUCUCCUGUAGAAAUGGUCACUCUGAACGUGCAGAAUACUCAGAAAAGAUUUCAUACGAGAGGAGGAGAUACUAUGACUAUAAGUAAAACAAUGGAUUUUGGAAGUGAAAGUGAAGCUGGGUGGUCUAGCAAAUGGGAGCCUGCAGUGCCUCCGAGGAGAAACCGUAAAAGUAAGUCACACCGAAGUGAACCUUUAUUGCAAAUCGAAGAAGAGCAUAGAGCGGAAUAUGCAAAUAGCACGGCCAAAAACUGGGAAAAGGAAGAACUUUCUGAAACGUUGGAUUUUAGUAGUGAAAGUGAUCUAUCUUCCGGUUCAGACAGUAGAUUUUUAACCAUUCAUUCUCCACAUUCCGUAACUACUGAUUCCGAUAUUGAUUACAGAAUUAAAACGCAAGAUACUUUAAGGAGAUCUUUCCAUUCCGAGAGGAAACGUUUAAAUAACGGAUUCGGAAAUGGGCACAGAGAAAUCGAAUGUAAAAAUUGGUCAUCGGAUAGUCCUACUCAAUUUAUUCCUUCGUCACGUUCUGCAACAAUUCCAAGAACAAAAACGAAACCGAAAGGUAUUCGAUGGUGUUCUGACGAACCUAGACCUCAGCGACCAAAUUUUUUAGUUGCAAUUAAAAAAUUCAGCAUGAGAUCUUUUAAUAGAGCCAAAUUUCGGACUGAUAAAUUAAUAAACAGUUUUCGUUCGAAAAUAACUAAAAUGAAAAGUAAGGAUGCCGUUAGUUCUACCGAUUCUGCUUACGAAACACCAGAAGUUUGUCUACGUCCCGAUGGGAAUACAUCUAGGCAAAAAGUUUGGAGAUUUAGCAACACGGAACCAGUCAAUUCUCGAAAUUCUAAAAGUUUAAGAUAUCCGUCUGCUUUAGAUCAAGCCGAAAGUUCGUCCGGAUCACAAUUGGGAAAUUCAUUAAUGAGGCAAACUCCCCAUCGUAAGAAAAGACGAAGACGGAGAAGAUGGCAACCGGGACCAAAAUCGUCAUCGGAUUCGGGUGUAGAAGAAUAUCAUUCGGAUUAUUCCGAUACAUUAAAUGGAAUGCAAAAAUCGGAAUCCGAAUUAGAACACUUUGCUAGUAAAGUAAGUUUAGUCAAUGUAGAACAUGGUAUGUCACCAUCGGAAUUUCGCAAAUGGUCUAAAACAAACAUUCACGAAGAACUGGGUUAUAUACCAUAGAGAUUCCAUCGAAAACCAGUGUGAAAUAAUUGAAAUAGUCCGAAGAAACAAUGCAUUGUGCCAUAUUGCAUGGGCGAAUAAUUUCGCGAAAUUAAA